AUGGAAGACCACAGCAAUGAAAGGGGUUUAAGUGUUGCACAAAUUAUAAAGGACAAAUGGAGUAAAGAAACAGAAAAUGGAAACGAUGAAAAUCUACCAAUGUUUAAACUCCAGCUGUAUGAAACAUGGCAGAACAGUGAUGGAUUCUGCAGAAGAAGGACAUUUGGGACAGAAAAUGCAAAACAGAAAAAGACCAUUAUGAUGAUUGGAGCCACAGGUGCAGGAAAAACCACUUUAAUUAACAGCAUGAUCAACUACAUUCUGGGAGUGCAAUGGAAAGACGGCUUCCGGUUUGUGCUAAUAGAUGAAGGGAAACAGAAAUCCCAGGCUGAAAGUCAGACAUCAGAGAUCACAGCAUAUCAGAUCAAUCACAUGGAUAAUUUCGAGGUUCCAUAUACUCUGACCAUUGUGGACACACCAGGCUUCGGUGACACCAGAGGAAUUGCACAUGACCAGAAAAUCAUAGCACAGAUUCGGGAGUUCUUUUGUGCCCGUGGAGGGAUUGACUGCAUUGAUGCCGUUUGUUUUGUAGUACAGGCUUCACUUGCCCGUCUGACACACACACAGAAAUACAUCUUUGAUUCCAUUCUUUCUAUAUUUGGUAAGGAUAUUGCUGAAAACAUCCUUAUGAUGGUCACUUUUGCAGAUGGGAAAACUCCUCCUGUUCUUGAGGCCAUCAAAGUUUCUGAGGUGCCCUGUUCUACCAAUAAGUCUGGAGAACCACUUCACUUUAAGUUCAACAACUCUGCUGUGUUUGCUACCAAUAAUAAAGAAGCAGAAAAUGAGGAGUCUGACUGUGAAAACUUUGACCACAUGUUCUGGAAGUUAGGAUUUUCUAGCAUGAAAAAAUUCUUUACAUCUCUUAACGAGAUGGAAACCAAGAGCCUGUCUCUGACACAGGAGGUCCUAAAAGAGCGGAAAAACCUAGAAGUGCUUGUGGAAGGCCUCCAGCCCCAGAUAAAUGCUGGUCUGACAAAACUGGAUGAAAUCAAGAAGACAAGAGCUGCUCUGGAGCAGCACAAGGCCAAAAUGGAUGCCAACAAGGAUUUUGAAUAUGAAUUAGAAGUAACUGUCCCAAAACAGAUUGAAAACAAAACAGGCUCCUUUCUGACCAACUGCCAAAUUUGUCACUUCACAUGUCAUAAAACAUGCGCUAUUCCAGACGACAAAGAUAGACAUGGUUGCGUGGCCAUGGAACAUGGAAAGUGUACAGUCUGUCCCGGAAAAUGUGUUUGGAAUGUGCACUUUAAUCAGAAAUACAGAUGGGAGUAUGUCAAAGAAAAGAGAAAGGAAACUUAUCAGGAUUUAAAAAGGCGUUUUGAGGAUGCACACGGAGAGGUCAUGUCAAAAGAGAAGAUCUUUAAUGAACUUAAAAAUGAGCUUCAGGUUGUCCGGAAAAUUGUGACUGGACUAAUUGAGAAAUCUCAAAAGUCCUUGGUACGACUGCAGGAAAUUGCUCUCAAGCCCAAUCCUCUGUCUACACCUCAGUACAUUGAUCUGAUGAUUAUGACGGAAAAACAAGAAGCCAAGCCUGGAUUUCAAGAUCGCAUUCAGUCUUUAAUGGAAGUCAGGAAGAAUGCAGAAACCAUCAGUAAGGUUUCCACAGGAGAAGCACUUCCAGAAGGUUUGAAAGCAUGCCAACCUGAAACAAGAAAUAACGAUUCCUUUAAUGCAAUGGUCCUGGUCAGAAAGGGGAUAAAAUAUGUUGAAGAAACAGCAACUAAGCUUAAAAACACUUUCAUACAUAAAAAAGAGUAA